GGCACCCUUCGGCGAGCGCUGUUUGUUUAGGGCUCGGUGAGUCCAAUCAGGAGCGCAGGCUGCAGUUUUCCGGCAGAGCAGUAAGAGGCGCCUCCUCUCUCCUUUUUAUUCACCAGCAGCGCGACGCAGACCCCGGACUCGCGCUCUCCCGCCGGCUCCCUCGGCCUCUCUCCGCGCCCGGGAGCACCCUCCGCCGCAGCCGUUCUCCAUGCGCAGCGCUCAUCCGAGGAGCUAGAAGCCAGCUUGGAGCGGCGCCGGACGGUGGAUGGCCUUGACUGACGGCGGCUGGUGCCUGCCGAAGCGCUUCGGGGCCGCGGCUGUGGACACAGGCGAUUCCCGGCCCUUUUCAGCGCGGGAGCCCUCUUCGCCUCCUUCCCCUAUCUCCUCCACGUCUUCCUCCUGCUCCCGGGGCGGAGAGCGCGGUCCCUGCGGCACCGGCAACUGCAGGACGCCGCAGCUCGACACAGAGGCGGUGGCGGGACCCCCGGCUCGCUCGCUGCUGCUCAGCCCCUACGCCUCGCAUCCUUUCGGGGCUCCCCACGGACCUUCGGCGCCCGGGGUCGCCGGCCCCGGGAGCGCCCUGUCUAGUUGGGAGGACCUGUUGCUCUUCACUGACCUCGAUCAGGCCGCGACCGCCAGCAAGCUGCUGUGGUCCAGCCGGGGCGCCAAGCUGAGCCCCUUCGCACCCGAGCAGCCGGAGGAGAUGUACCAGACCCUCGCCGCCCUCUCCAGCCAGGGACCGGCCGCCUACGACGGCGCGCCCGGCGGCUUCGUGCACUCGGCGGCGGCGGCCGCGGCGGCCGCGGCGGCGGCCAGCUCCCCGGUCUACGUGCCCACCACCCGCGUGGGUUCCAUGCUGCCGGGCCUGCCGUACCUGCAGGGCGCGGGCAGCGGGCCCGCCAACCACGCGGGGGGCGCGGCCACGCACCCCGGUUGGCCCCAGGCGUCCGCCGACAGCCCCCCGUACAGCAGCGGAGGCGGCACGGCUGGCGGCGGGGCCGCGGGACCUGGCAGUGCGGGUUCGGCCGCGGCGCACGCCUCGGCGCGCUUCCCCUACUCGCCCAGCCCGCCGAUGGCCAAUGGCGCGGCGCGGGACCCCGGGGGCUACGCGGCUGCGGGCGGCGGGGGCGCGGGCAGCGUGAGCGGCGGAGGGGGCGGCCUGGCGGCCAUGGGCGGCCGGGAACACCAGUACAGCUCGCUGUCGGCGGCGCGGCCGCUGAAUGGGACGUACCACCAUCACCACCACCACCACCACCCGAGCCCUUAUUCGCCCUACAUGGGUGCACCGCUGACGCCCGCCUGGCCCGCGGGACCUUUCGAGACCCCCGUGCUACACAGUCUGCAGAGUCGUGCGGGAGCCCCGCUGCCCGUGCCGCGGGGCCCCAGCGCAGACCUGCUGGAGGACCUGUCCGAGAGCCGCGAGUGCGUGAACUGCGGCUCCAUCCAGACGCCGCUGUGGCGGCGGGACGGCACCGGCCACUACCUGUGCAACGCCUGCGGCCUCUACAGCAAGAUGAACGGCCUCAGCCGGCCCCUCAUCAAGCCGCAGAAGCGCGUGCCUUCGUCACGGCGGCUUGGAUUAUCUUGUGCCAACUGUCAUACCACCACCACCACCCUAUGGCGCAGAAAUGCGGAGGGUGAACCUGUGUGUAACGCUUGCGGACUCUACAUGAAACUCCACGGGGUGCCUCGACCACUUGCUAUGAAAAAAGAGGGAAUUCAAACCAGGAAACGAAAACCUAAAAACAUAAAUAAGUCAAAGACUUGCUCUGGUAACAGCAGUAAUUCCGUUCCUAUGACUCCAACUUCCACCUCUUCUAACUCAGAUGAUUGCAGCAAAAAUACUUCCCCUCCGACACAACCAACAGCCUCAGGGGCGGGUGCCCCGGUGAUGUCCAGUGCGGGAGAGGGCACUAACCCCGAGAACAGCGAGCUCAAGUAUUCAGGUCAAGAUGGGCUCUACAUCGGCGUCAGUCUGUCUUCUCCAGCCGAAGUCACAUCCUCUGUGCGACAGGAUUCCUGGUGUGCUCUGGCCCUGGCCUGAGCUGGUGCUGCCAGGAGGCAGAGAGGGCUCUGCUGAGGGCAUCGAACCACUUGUGUC